UGUGUGUGUGUGUACGUAUGUAUGUAUGUAUAUGUAAAAUAUUAAAAACUCAAUAUAUAUUGACAAAUACGAAGUUCAUAAAUAUGAUUACAUGACCGCAAUAAAUGUUUUGUAAACAACCAAUUAUUCGUUCGGAAAAAUUUCCGAGCGAAUAAACUCGAGCAGAGAGAAAAGAAUGUUGACACAUUAUUUUUUUUAUACAUCUGAAUGUAAUAACAAAAUGUAGUUGAGACGACGAAAGUUACAAAAUUGAUAGUGUGUUGAUGUACGUCGGGUAACAUAUAAAAAAGAAAGAAAAAAGAAAAAAAAAAAAAGCUAAAUUCCAGUUAAAAUAAAUUACAAUUAAAUUGAUCGACGUAUUUAAAAGAUUUUAAUUGAAAAUGACUGUCGGCGUAGAAUUGUUUAAUACUCCAGAACCACAUUUAAUACCAGGAUACACCGGUUUUUCUCCUCAAUAUCGUUAUCGAUGCGGAGAAACUUACGGAAGUCUUACUCAUAAACUUCUUCUCGACCCUAACGUGAAUCAUUCGGAAACACUUGUCCUAUCAAAUCGUGCCACUGACGAUUAUCAAGUAAGCAGACCUCCCAAAAAUGACAUAGAUAUUGUAAAUGCACGAUACAAAAGAACAGAUCCUAUUUAUACUCAUCCAACUAUUCCAGGUUACGAAGGUUUCGUACCAAAUUUAAAUGCAAAUUGCGGACAAAGAUUCACCGUACUUGCAACCGAGGGUUUAGCAGAAUUUGAGAGACAACAGAUAAAAAAUAAAGAGGCUCUUAAUAAACUUGAAACAGUAAUUUCUUUGCAAAGUGGAAAAGGUGAACCGCGAAAUACGAAGGAUCGUUUGCUGAUCGAAAGUGAAUUCAAAUUGCCUAUGAUCACCGUUCGUCCCGAUUGCGUUGGAGUUAUGAGAAACUUGCCAAUCGAUGAACCAUACGAAGUUCCAAGGGAUCAUGCUCCCUCCCCUUACUUUAUGGAUAAUGUGAAUCCAAAGAAAUAUUUUAUCAGCGGAUAUGCUGGACAUAUUCCAUAUGGAUAUGCACACUUCGGAGCUAGCAAUGUACCCGCUACUAACAGCGCACUUUGUGAUUUUACUUCAAAUUAUCGACAUCGACAAAGCACCGAAUGGGCACCUGUAACAAUUUCAAAACCUGAUCCGCCUCUUCUUAUUCAAUCGACUGAAAUUUAUCAUAAACAUGUUGGUUUAUUACCUAAUUAUUAUGGUCACGUUCCAGGACAAAUGUUUAGAUUCGGUAAAACAUUCGGUGCUGAUACUAAAGACGCAAAGAGAUGGCUUCGUGGUGACUUUUCUAUAUAAAUUUCUGAUAAUAAAACUAAUUGAUAAAUGAUUUCUGAGGGUAGUAAACAACACGUACAGUUAAUGCAAAUAUGUACAUAUAUAAUCAAAUAUAUUAUCAAAUAUUUUUCAAUUU